AUGUGGAUCUCCAUAUUCCUUCAACUUUUAGUCGGAGUUCAAGUCUCUGUCUACUACAUGUCAAUGUGGCCCUAUCUACAAAAGUCUAACCCACUCUACGGGUACUGGAAUCAACGUACAAUGUCUGUGAAGACUCCUGUAAUCAUUGGGUUUCUCAUAGCUGCAGUUGCUCAAACAUGGUACGGACUCCUUUCCCUAUUCCCACAUGCCAAAUGGUUCAUGCUAGCUGCUCGAGUGAUGACUGGCCUCGGAGUAGGAAAUAUUGCUGCAUUGAGAAUCUACGCAGCGACUGCAUCUACACCUAAAGAUAGAAUGAAAGCAAUAUCUUAUGGAACUGGAGGAUUCGUUUUGGGUAUCUCGUUUGGACCAGUGCUGUCGGCCUUUUUCACACCAUUAGGAGAAAAUGGGUGGAAGCUCGGCGCAAUCUACAUCAAUAUGUUCACAGUAGUGUCUUUCUUGAUGACUGUUGUCUGUUUGGCUGCAUGUGUGAUUGUUCAAAUUUUCUUCAAGGAAAAUUAUGUGGGAAUUAUUGAAGAGAAUGAGCCGGGGUCCGAAUCGAAUGUGGUGAUCCCUAAGUAUGAUUUGAUUGGAGCACUGAUAUGUAUCUACUUGUUCAUGAUUGUCAAUAUCAUUGCGACUAAUAUUGAAGUAAUGUCUACACCCCUGACUACUGUUCUGUACGACUGGAAAGAUAGUCAAUCCAUCCUUUACAACGGAAUCGCUCUCUGUUGCUGCUGCAUUGUCUCCGUCGCUCUCAACAUCAUCCUUGGAUCAACUCGCCUCGGAAAACUGUGA